CCAUCAAAUCAACUGAUGCUGAAGAGUGACAUUAGGAUCUAUUUUGUGUUAUAAUAUAGUUAAAAGGAGUAAAAACCAUUCAAAGAUUUCAUUUACAAGAUUCUGAAUAUUAGUCUCACGGUACACGAACCCAGAUUAAGAUCAGUUUUGUGUCCGCCUUGUUGGUGAUAGUGGUAUGAUUAUUAUCAUAUACAGAUAAACAGAUACAAUUUGAAUUAAAACAAAGAUUCCCUUCGACUAAAAGAGAUCCUUUCAACCGACACUAAAACGUUGGGCGGAGUUAAUCCUCGCAGCUUUCAAGACGAGUGGUUUUAUUGGACGCUGUGCUAUUGAUUGACAGCUGACGUCAUUUGACAACUGGAUAACGAGGUUCAGACACGAGCAGAAAGGCGAUAGGAAGGAGGGUUUGAAAUUAAGAUAAGAGCAAAGAAGAUGUGUAAAAUUGACAGAAAGUAAAACUCGACAUCUUCAUUUAGUGAGCUGAGUGGUAUGGUACUAGGUCUAUUGAGUGGAAUAUCUGUAGUUUAAUGUGUUGUGUAUAUCGGAUACAUUGGAACCGUUACAGUGGAUUGUACAGUCUACCGUGUACUCUAUAGACUGAUAACGUUCUGUUCUGUGCAAUGCUGAUCCGUGUGUGGGUCCAGGUUCGUGUUUUAUAUUAGCCAGGCCUAUUACGAUAUAUAAUAUUACAGAUAACAUUUAAAAGGAUUUUUUUUGUUCUAUAUAUUAAGUGGACUUGGACUGCUGUUUGGUGUUUUAGUUGGAUUAAUACGACAUUUCAUCGAAGCGAACAUCCACCAUAGAACAAGCCACCGAGAGAAUAAGCGUAUAGUGAAUCUAUUGAGCGAAAUUCGAUAUGAAUUGAAGAAGUACUAGGCUGGUAAUACGAAGAAAAACAGUAGACUGUUUUGUCAAAUAACAUGAAUUAUUAGCUGAGGUGUUCGUCCCUUUUGUUAGCUUUUUAUAGCAGUUUAUUGAGAACAGAGGUUAAUAUAACAAAAUGGAAGCGAGGGGCGGUGUAUCUAGGCCCCCUCUUCUCUUGUCGGCCUUUGUUCUAAUGUUAUUAUUUAGUACGUGUUAUGCGAAGAGCGAACAACCCAGAAAAUGUUUAGAAAUAACUAUCCCCAUGUGUAAGGGCAUUGGGUACAACUACACCUAUAUGCCUAACCAGUUUAAUCAUGAAACGCAAGAAGAAGCCGGACUCGAGGUGCAUCAGUUUUGGCCGUUGGUGGAAAUUCAGUGUUCGCCGGAUUUAAAAUUCUUCUUGUGCAGUAUGUACGCUCCUAUCUGUAUGAACAACUACAAGAAGCAUCUGCCCGCUUGUCGGUCCGUUUGCGAGAGAGCUAAAUCAGGGUGUGCACCGCUGAUGCGACAAUAUGGUUUCGCGUGGCCGGAACGGAUGAACUGUGAGAAUUUACCGGAGUACGGACAGAAGGAUCAUCUGUGUAUGGACGUCAAUACGACGGAUCACAACACCCCUCCUCCUCCGGCAUCGCAUCCGGAAACUAAACCGAUCGUUCCUGGUGGAAAUCCGCCUUAUUCUGUCGAUUCCGUUCCGACAGCAAAUAAUCCUCCUCUGCCGACCCGACCCACUGCCCCAGGAUGUGAAUGCACCUGCCUGGCUCCAUUGGUACCCAUAAAGGAAGGCGACAAGAACUACUACAACCGCAUGAAGACUGGGGGAGUUUCGAACUGCGCCGUUAAUUGCUACAGUCCGUAUUUUGGAAAAGAUGAACGCACGUUCGCUACGUUUUGGAUAGGAUUGUGGUCGAUCCUGUGUUGCAUUUCCACUGCCAUGACGGUUCUGACAUUUUUCGUGGACAUGCAGAGAUUUAAAUACCCAGAACGGCCGAUUAUCUUCCUCAGUGCUUGUUACUUCAUGGUGAGUGUUGGAUAUAUCAUACGACUUAUUGUCGGCCACGAGAAGGUGGCAUGUGACGGAGAUAUGAUCCGAUACGAAACGACGGGACCAGCUCUGUGUACUGUUGUUUUCCUGUUGGUGUAUUUCUUCGGCAUGGCUAGCUCCAUCUGGUGGGUCAUCCUGUCUUUUACAUGGUUCCUGGCAGCCGGACUAAAAUGGGGACAAGAGGCUAUAGCGAGUUAUUCACAGUACUUUCACCUGGCAGCUUGGCUCAUACCUUCAGUGAAGAGUAUUGCCGUGCUAGCCAUGUCCUCCGUGGACGGAGAUCCCAUCGCUGGAGUGUGUUACGUGGGAAAUCAAAACAUACAGAACAUGCGAGGCUUCGUUUUGGCACCACUGUUUGUCUAUCUCAUCAUCGGUACGUCGUUUUUACUCGCGGGCUUCGUUUCUCUGUUCAGGAUUCGAAGCGUGAUCAAACAACAGGGCCGAGGAAAGACCGAUAAGUUGGAAAGACUGAUGAUUCGUAUUGGAGUAUUUUCGGUACUGUAUACGGUACCUGCUACUAUUGUGAUAUCCUGCUAUUUCUACGAACAGUAUCUAAAAGAUCGGUGGGAAAAGAGUCACGCUUGUCCAUGCAUGGCCAACAAAUCUAAACCAGACUAUUCGGUUUUCAUGUUAAAAUACUUCAUGUGCCUCGUUGUGGGAAUUACGUCUGGAUUUUGGAUCUGGACCGGGAAAACCGUGGACUCAUGGCGGAAACUCUUUUACGGGAAAAUGUGCAAUAAGCAUUCGUAUAGUCACCCGAACAGAAUGACAAAAUACACGAACCCUAGUUACCAAGGUACCAAACCCCAACCUCUUAGUCACGUGUAAAUUAAGGCAGAGAAAUAUUAUUAAGACUAUAUAAAUUAUUUUUGAGAACUGAGUGAAUAUAUUUCGAACAAUGUGUGUAACUGUCUACACCCAGAAAUAUCUGUUUUAAAACAAUGGCGAUAUUUACAUACCUCAUUUCGCUACUACAACACUGGGUCUAAAAUGCUCAAUAAUAUUACAAAACCGUUUUUAUUUUUACUGUGUUUUGUGCGGAAUUUUAACGCUAAACAAAAUUUACUUGCAUAAUUAAAACAAUAAUUAAUACCAAGUUAGUGUUUAUUGAAAGAAACAGGGAGAACUGUGAACAAUUAUUUUGUGAAAUAACAAAAAAUAUAUUUUGGAAUGUUGGAACACAAUGAAGUGAUAAAGUGAAAUGUUUAUGAAGCGAACGUCAUAAUAUAAAAGAAAAGUGCAACGCGAUUCCCAACUAAAAUGGGUGGACGUUUUAAUUAAUUAAUCAAUUGAUUAAUUAAUUUAUCAUUGAUUAAAAAGAAAACUAAUUAAGUGUAAAUAUUUGUAAAUAAUGUGUAAUUAGUAAAAAUAUAAAUAUUAUUAUUAUAAUUAUUAUUAAUAUUAUUAUAAACGUUGUUCGGAAUACAUGGGAAUGUAUUUUGGACAAGCUCACUGUGCCUGGACCCUCCCCCCGAGCACCCCGUGUACCCCAUUCGUGUUUCUAAAAAUUGUGCAGUAUCCAGUAUAAUAUCAUGUAUGCCAUAGUAACAUCACCCAAACAUUGUUUAGUGAAGUGCGCGUGCGUGUUUAUUGUGAACAUUGUAUAUGUUAUGUGAACAUUAUACGUAACGAAAUCAACGAAAUUCUAACGAACACUGAAUAGUAUACUCCUGUACUCAACGAAAUAUUCUACAAUUUUCUUGUACCAAAAACGAUUGGAUAAAAUACUCUGUAAAACUGUGAGAAACAAAAUCUGUUUUGGAUAAAAAAAAAAUAUGACAAAAUAUUUAUUCUUUUGGACCUCUAGUGCCAGAUAUUUUUUUGUGGAUUUAUAAGAAUUGAUAAUUUAUAUUAGAAACUUUCUGUCAUAGGAUUUUCGUAGAAUUAAUUGUUUCAGGCGAAAACAUAUUUUUCAAUACGAACGAGGCAUAAUUGAAUUAAUUUCAUAAUAAUGGGAUUAUGAACAUUAUUCUAAAACAGUUGUUAUUUCAUUUAUUCAUCAACGAAUUAAUUAGUUUGUUUCCGCCGUGUUGGAACGUUCAUAAUACGAAACGAAACAAAUAAAUCCCCAGCUCUGUAUUACGUUUAACGUUUCGUAUAGAUUUACAAAAUAAUGAUAUGAAUAUAAUACAUCGCUCAUAAUACACAGUGAUAAGUGCACGUGACAUGCACGCGCAUUAUAAUUGUAUACAUGUAUAAUAUAUUCAUUAAUUGUUAAAAUUAAUUGCCAUUCUUGCUAUUAUUUUUAUUGUGAUAUACAAAUGUAUAUUUUGUGUAAAUGCGAAAGUAGAAAAACGUAAUACAGAGCUGUUUACUCAAAUGGUAAAAUCUCAUUGGCUAUUGGGUUUAUUGUCAUAAUCAUUACAUGUCGGUUUCUCAGAAAUAAUUAUUGAUUCUUUAUGAAAUAUUUUGAAGAACUUUAAACAUAUUUUCACCUGUACUUUUACUAUUGCAUUUAGCACAGUUCAUGUGAACUGGUAAUAUAAUAGCAUGUGAAAUAAAUUUGCGGAUAAUUUGAAAACAGUGUGUAUAAAUCAUACACGUGAAAGUAUCAUAUUUCCAUGUAUUAUAUUUGCCAUAAAGAACGGAUAUAUUUCUAAAUUACCAAAUUUUAAAAUCCUGACGCAUAAAUAAAAACGAAACGAAAUUUAUUAUUAUUUAUAGAGAAUAAAUCGAUUUCUGAGUAUCUGUCACGUGAUCCGAUGAAUAACGGGUGUCAACCAAUCAUUAAUGUUUAUUUAUGUAUCAUAAUGCUUGCUAAUAAUAUCUGCAUUUUU